CACACAGUAAACAGUUUUAGAUUUUAUCGUGUGUGUGCAAUUCGUGGAAGAAAAUUUGGUAAUACGCAACGAAAUUUGGUGAAAACUUUCGUCAGUAGCGCCAGAAAAUUAUAAACAUAAUCCAGUUUCCAUAGUGUUUGAUGAACAAUGUAAAAAUUAUUUGUAUAUAAGAACCGUGCGCUGGGCCGUCGCGGCAAAGCGACCCACAUAAAGAAAGCGAACAGCAGGGCAAAGCAAAACUAAGAGAAGUACUCAUAAAUACACCAACCAACACACACACACACAUACACAGGAGAACAUAAAUACGUACACAACGAGUGAAAGAGUGUGCUAAUUAAGUAUUCGGAUCAUGGACGAUGCCAACAUACAGGACAAGGAGCGCUUUGCUAGCCGCGAGAAUCACUGUGAAAUCGAACGACGCCGUCGCAACAAAAUGACCGCGUACAUAACGGAACUCUCGGACAUGGUGCCCACCUGCAGCGCAUUAGCACGCAAGCCUGACAAGCUGACCAUCCUGCGCAUGGCCGUGGCUCAUAUGAAGGCACUGCGUGGCACAGGCAACACAAGCAGCGAUGGCACCUACAAGCCCUCAUUUCUCACAGACCAAGAGCUGAAGCACUUAAUACUGGAGGCUGCUGAUGGUUUUCUAUUCGUAGUUUCCUGCGAUACGGGCCGUGUGAUCUAUGUCUCCGACUCCGUGACUCCGGUACUGAAUUACACACAAAGCGAUUGGUACGGUACCAGCCUGUAUGAACACAUUCAUCCGGAUGAUAGGGACAAGAUACGUGAACAGUUGUCCACACAGGAGUCCCAGAAUGCGGGUCGCAUUCUUGAUCUGAAGUCGGGCACUGUCAAGAAGGAGGGCCAUCAGUCGAGCAUGCGCCUGAGCAUGGGAGCUCGACGUGGUUUCAUAUGUCGCAUGCGUGUUGGCAAUGUCAAUCCCGAUGCUAUGGUCUCAGGACACUUGAAUCGCUUAAAGCAACGCAAUUCACUAGGUCCCUCCCGGGAUGGAUCCAAUUAUGCGGUGGUCCAUUGUACGGGCUAUAUUAAGAACUGGCCACCUACGGAUAUGUUUCCCAACGUGCACAUGGACCGUGAUGUGGAUGAUAUGGCUUCGCAUUGCUGCCUGGUGGCCAUUGGCCGGCUGCAGGUCACCUCAACGGCUGCCAAUGACAUGACUGGUAGCAACAAUCAGAGUGAGUUCAUCACACGCCACGCCUUAGAUGGCAAAUUUACGUUUGUCGAUCAACGUGUGCUGCACAUUCUUGGCUAUACGCCCACCGAGUUGCUGGGCAAGAUAUGCUACGAUUUCUUUCAUCCUGAGGAUCAAAGCCACAUGAAGGAGAGCUUCGACCAGGUGCUCAAGCAAAAGGGACAAAUGUUCUCGUUGCUGUAUCGCGCGCGUGCUAAAAGCUCAGAGUUUGUUUGGUUGCGCACCCAGGCGUAUGCCUUUCUCAAUCCCUACACCGAUGAGGUGGAGUACAUAGUUUGCACGAACAGCUCCGGCAAGACACUGCACGGCGCUACGCCCGAGCAGCAGCAGCAGCAACAACAGCAGGUGGAACAGCAGCAACAUGUCUAUGUGCAGGCGCCGGGUGUGGAUUAUACACUGCAGCCACCGCGCCGUGAGAUUACGCCAACUGGCGGAGACGCUGGUAUCUAUCAGAUGCACAUGCAGGCGCCACCAGCACGUCCUGCCUCGGCACAGAAUACGCCAGUGGGUUAUAGCUAUGAUGCCACGCACUCGCCGUAUGGCGCCGCAACAGGUGGCGGCGGUCCCUCGCCCCUAGCUAAGCUUCCCAAAUCAGGCACUUCGCCCACGCCUAAUGCCUGGGGAGCGCGUCCCAUGCCCGGACAGCAACAGCCACAACCAACUGCCACUGAGGCUUAUCCAGCCUAUCAGCAAAGCAGUCCGGCCCGCUCGCCGAGUGGCCCCACCUACACGCAGCUCAGCGCCGGCAAUGGCCAGCAACAACAGCAACAACAACAACAGCAACAACAACAACAACGUCAACAGCAGCAACAACAGGCAUCUGCGUAUCAAGCGGCACCAACGGCAACACCUUGGGAUUGGCAAAAUGCGGCGGCCACACAUACGGCACACCCGCAUCCACAUCCGCAUCCGCAUGCUCACCAUCCACAUGCGCAUGCGCAUGCGCAUCCAGGCGCCGCUGUUGCAGCGAGCGCACAGCAGCCCCAGGGUCAGGAGUUCUCCGAUAUGCUUCAAAUGCUUGAUCACAGCGCCACAACACCAUUCGAGGAUCUAAAUAUUAAUAUGUUUAGCACGCAAUUCGAGUGAAUGUAAUGACAUUCGCUCUCCCUCUAUCUCUCUGUCACUUACACCAUUCGGAACUCUCUCUGGUAGGGAUGAGCGCGUGUUUUACUCCAUCAUCUUUGGUACUAAUAUUUUGCAAGUACUAAUUUUAAAAGCCACAUCGCAUUUUCUCGUGACACGCGCUAAUCUCCUGUUCUCGACACAAAGCUCAGUUUUUAAUUAUUUUUCAAGUGCAAUCUACAAGAGAAACAUUUUCUACAAAAUUGUUGAAAUAUUUUAGCCAGCAUACAAACACAUAUAGCUUAUGUACAAACGCAAGUCAAGUCAGAUAUAAAGCGAAAAAAUUAAAAUGUAAUCUCGUAAAUAGGCACUUAGGUACAUAACGGUAGUCACGUACCGUACACGCUCUCGAUAUCGAUAUCAAUGUUUGCUUCCACAUGAAAAGCCGCCAACCCGCACACACACAUACAGAGACAAAACCUCUGCCUGUGUCUCUGCCAAGCAGUGUAAAAGUAUUUGAAAUAGCUGUAAAUCAACGACACUCAUUAUGCAAAUUGCAAAGUUUAUUAACGAACAAAAUAACACUAUUUGAUA